UUCAUCUUCUGCAGCUGAUGUUGCUGUAUUUUUACUCUCUGCCAUCAUUCUCCUCCUGCUCUUUUUCUUCUUCUCUACUAGUACUCUCGUCUCCGCAGCAGGACAUUAUUGUGCUCCAUCAUCAUGUGGGAACCUCACAAACAUUAGAUAUCCUUUCCGUCUCAAAGAUGAUCCUCCAAAUUGUGGAGAUCCAAACUAUGAGCUCACUUGUGAUCAUCUUAACAACACCGUCCUCUCUCUACUCUCCAACAGUUACUACGUCACCACUAUCACAUACUACACUGAUAAUUACUUUUACGAUGAUGUUAACUUUGAUAUACAAGUGAAGGAUGUUCGCAUGGUGAAGCACAACAAGGGCAGCUGCAGCCAUCUUCCCCUUCUGUCUUCCCCUCUGACAGUCUCUAAGUUGAGUAGUAACAGUUACUACAUGGUAUACACAUGGGUUUCUUUGGUGAAUUGCUCAAAAGAAGUGAAGAACAAGUUCUUGAUGUCCUUCGGUUUCAACCGUGAAUACUACUCUUACUGGCCUGCGUCUUGCUUGAGCAACAACAACUCCUUCAUCUAUCUCAUCAGUGAUGAUGGUUAUGGUGAUUAUGGACCAUAUGCAGUUCGCCACCUUAUGCCUUCAUGUAGAUUUCUUGCCAUGUUUCCGGACAAUAUUAAUAAUCCUUGGUACCCGUCAGAUCAAGAACCAGCUGACAUAUUCAACUUUCUAGCCCAAGGGUUCAUCCUCUCUCGUAGACUUUUGAUUCCAAAGACUAUCCGAUACUGCUUAAGGACGUCCUUAAGGGACACAAUUCAGUAUAUCACCAACCAUAGGAAUCCAAUCAAUCAACGGAUUCAAUCAGUUUUAUAUGGAAUAGAGACACAUUUUCUCAGGUGCAUAAAAAUUGAUGACCAUAGUCGGAAGCAUUACAAUCUUGUGAUAUCAACAAUAUAUAUUAUACUGAUAUUGUCACAAAUUGUCAAAGCACUUACAGUGCUUGCAGUUUUGGGAAGAUGUAUAUUUGCGCCUCUAACAAUGUUUGCUUUCCUUUCUUACAAAUUAUACCAAAUGGCCACAUCAGUUGAUUUUGUGGAGAAAUUUUUGAGGAAUCAACAAACUCUUAUACCUACACGAUAUUCAUAUACCGACAUCAUUGCCAUGACCAACAACUUCAAAGAGAAACUAGGCCAAGGAGGAUUUGGCUAUGUUUUCAAAGGCAGACUUCCUUGGGACCGGCUUGUUGCUAUUAAGAUGUUGACAAAUUCCAAGUACAAAAAUGGUGAAGAUUUCAUUAAUGAAGUUUCAACUAUUGGCAUGAUUCACCAUAUAAAUGUUGUGAAAUUAAUUGGUUUUUGUUCAGAUGGCAUGCAGAGGGCUCUGGUGUAUGAAUUCAUGCCAAAUGGUUCUCUUGAUAAGUUUAUCUUCUCAUCUAACAAUGGCCCUAACCACAAAUUCUCUCUAGACAAACUAAUUGAUAUCGCAUUGGGAGUUGCUCGGGGACUUGAUUAUUUACACAAAGGAUGUGAUAUGCAAAUUCUACAUUUUGACAUCAAACCGCAUAACAUUCUUUUAGACCAUAACUUUAAUCCAAAAGUUUCUGAUUUUGGCCUCGCGAAACUAUAUCCAAAGAACUAUAGUUUGGUAUCACUUAGUGUUGCAAGAGGAACUAUAGGAUAUAUUGCUCCAGAGUUGAUAUCAAGAAGUUUUGGUGCUAUCUCUCACAAGUGUGAUGUUUAUAGUUUUGGUAUGCUCCUCUUAGAAAUGGCCGGUGGAAGAAGGAAUUCAAAUCCAAGAGCAGAGAAUUCAAGCCAAGUUUAUUAUCCUUCAUGGAUUUAUGAUAAACUUGUGAUCAAUGAUACAAUUGAUCAUGAUAUUGUAGGAAUGGAUACAAGCAUUGUGAUUGAUGAAAGAGAAAAGAAGUUAUGUUUGGUAGGUCUGUGGUGUAUACAGAUAAGGCCAUCGGACCGGCCUUCCAUGAACAAAGUAAUAGAGAUGUUAGAAGGGGAUGUUAAUAGCCUACAUAUGCCACCUAAGCCAUUCUUUUCAGAACCAACCCAAAUACCUUCAAAGAUGUCAUGCUUGAGCAUUGAUGAUGGAAAAUUGACUACCAUCUCCGAAGAUACUGAUUGGAUAAAUUGAUGAGAUUUCCCUUAGUAUUAUAUGGUCAUUAGUGUCAUGUAAUCUUA